AUGGUGAGAGCUCAAUUCAAACUGUUAGAUCAUCUGGGAAUUGAUCGCCUGUAUGCCAGCCUGGGUAGCAGUAUGGGAGGUAUGCAAAGCAUCGCUGCUGCAUGGCUAGAACCGUCAAGGGUAGGCAAAGUGGUCAGUAUCAGUGGAUGUGGACGUUCAGGGCCAUCGAGUAUUGCCAUUCGUUACGCCCAACGUUCAGUGCUUAUGGCCGAUCCGAAUUGGAAUGGCGGAUUUUACUACGACUCGGCUCCACCUCACGUUGGUAUGAAAUUGGCUCGUCAGAUUGCCACGAUCACCUAUCGGUCUGGGCCUGAGUGGGAGCAACGGUUCGGCAGAAGUCGGCGCUCAGUACUCAAUCAACACGGUCAAACUUCUCUGAGUCCACCUACGUUAUCUCCCGAUUUUUUGAUCGAAACUUAUCUGGACCAUCAAGGCGAACAGUUCUGUCUCAAGUACGACGCAAACAGUUUGUUGUAUGUCUCGAAGGCGAUGGAUCUUUUUGACAUGACUGUCGAAGGCUUGGACGAGCUGGAGCGAUACCAAACCGGAGCUGUCAACUCACCCGAAGAGUCUUCAUUUCCCAACCAGCCAGGGCGUGAUCAAGCUGGUCGAGUGACCAGUUUAUCGUCCGCUGGCGACCAUAAGAUCGUCGCUUCUCUCGCCCGGACCUUCCAAAGAUUUCGAUCAACCCAAGAAUUCCUCAUCCUUGGUGUCCAAACCGAUGUCCUAUUCCCAAUCACUUUGCAGAGGGAGAUGGCCGAAGCUAUCCGAUCAUCUUCCUCAAACCUUCCUCCGCAUCAGGCCCCGGCCGUCACUUAUUUCGAACUCCAUUCGCCAUUCGGUCAUGACACUUUCUUGAUCGAUCUGAAUGGCGUGGGUGGUGCGAUCAGAGGAUUUCUUUCUUGA